AUGCGUGGCCAGAACCUCUCCCGGAAGUAGUUCAUGAAACAGCACCACCUGAGGCCAAGCCUGGAAUUCAACCAGUACAAAUGCGAUGUCCUCAUGAGGGAAAUAGAAGGUCUGAAAGAGAAGAACUCUCACAUCUUCCUCUACACUGCAUGGCAACAAAUUGAGAACAUUUGUUUUAAGACCUGGAGAGAGCGAUACAGAAAUGUGUAUGUGUGGUCCCAGCAACCCUUCAAAAUACUCAGUUGUAAAAGGAAGGAUUUCAAUUAUAGCCACAGAGAGAAAAGGAGCUACAACCACGUUGAAUUCCAUUGUAGCAUGAAAGGGUAUGUCGAUAGCAUAGAGGACAUGCGAGUGCUAGAAUUUAUUGAUACCUAG